AUGCAGUUCUUCACCCUUACCGCGGCCCUCUUCCUCGGCUCUGCUGCCGCCAUGAGCCCCGAGAUGAUGAACAACAAGAUGGGCGAGGCCAACAUGAAGAUGGACAUGGCCGCGCGCCAGGAGAUGGCCCCCCAGGGCGGUGCCACCCUCGGCACGCUGCUCGCUGCUGUCGACACCAUUGUCGGUCAGGUUGCCGAUCAGGUCAAGGACCUGAAGGAGCCCGCCACGGCUCUGCAGGAUGCCAUCAAGGACUUUGAGGAUGCCGCCAAGGAUGCUGAGGUCCCCGAGGGCGAUAAGAAGGACAACUAA